CUCAAAAAAAAAAAAACAAAAAAAAAUAAAAAAACAUAAUUCAUUAACGUCUUUGCGUUGUUUGUUCGUCUGCCUGUCUGUCUGUCGAUCGGUCAUGCGUGAUUUGUGUAUAACCAUUGUUGAGGAGCACACGAAACGUUUGAGUCGCAACUUGGCCUUAACACAGACCAGGCGCCGUACAAUUACCUUUGAAAAUCCGCCACAAAAUAAGGUUCUUGAAAUUUGCCAACCCGAUUCGAAGACGACAAUUAUUACCCAGCCGAAGACGCAGCAGAAGUCAAUUUGUACCACCACCACAACAACGGAGCGGAAUUUGAGGCCCAUUAAAAAUCCCAUCACUUCAACGGUGACCACGACCACGGUGGAUGUGCCAUAUAAGAAUUUUAAAAUUUGGACAGACUACGAUCAGGACGAAAAUCUGCAGUUACACAUCAAAGAACAGAAGGGCAACACAUCCAGGAAAAUCGAGGAUAAAAGAGGCGUGGCAAUGAGAACCAUAUGAUAUUGGGA